AUACAGCGCCCUCUAUCUAAGACGGUGUAUCGCUUCAGACCCACACAGGUUUUCUCGCGCUCAAUACAAAUGGCUGCAAAAACGGGUGAAAAGAUACCAACAGCGAGCGUGUCCCCUCAGCAGGUUAGCUCCAGUAAAACGACAAGUGUCAAAGUGGCCGUUAAAACUGUCCAGGAAAACAAAUGGACAGAAAACACAGCGAGUAUAACGCCAGAUGAUUCUGGUACCGGGAACACCGGAACCGGAAACACAAUCUUAACGGUAGUCAUCCUCAUCCUCAAGUUCUGUGUACUGGGCAUGCUCAUUGCGGCGGUAGGCCUUCAGGUCCAGAGUCUGUUCAACUCCUACUGGGGGUACGAUGAUUAUUUUGACUUCGGAUACGAGGGUAGGAUCUACCACAGUCUCUGGGGGUUCUACGAACUCGGUGACCCAAACCUGUUCAGCGUCCACAAGGAAGGAAAUUGGCAGGACUGGAAGAAACCAAUCAUCAAGUUCCAAUGUAUUGCCUUGGCACUCGGUCUAGCUGCAACCCUAUUACAGCUGAUCCUGGUGACCUUGACCUUCGUCCAUCCCCACAAAGCUGUGAAGGUCGCUCUGUUAGCCGCGGUCAUACUUCUUGCCCUAGGCGGCGGAGGAUUAGUCGUAAGAACAGUGACCGAAUUUAAGAAGUCCAGACCAUUUCUCGGAUUCGGUGCCAACGCUAUAUCAUCCACUACCAUACUGAAGACGAUCACGCAGGACGGAUACACACAGGCCUUCGCCAGUGGCGCCACCUACAUCGCGACAGCAUUUCUGUCGGUUAUUCUCAUCGUGUUGGUGGUUGUCAAGCACGCCAAGGAACCAACCGCCGUAACACCUUUAAAACCCCCACAAGAGGCGUAGAUACGUGUCACUGAACUUUGUGUACUACGUCAACUUUCUGUCAGCGUAUAUACACAUAAACGUCACAGUUGUGUACUUCGACUGCAUUACGUCACUAAAUUGUGUUGACUACGCCAGUGUUUUGUCAGUGAAUUAUGUGUAGGCGUGAUAUAUUUGGUUGUCGAAAGCUUACUUCAGUUCGACAGAAUUCAAACAUUUCCUUGCGAUUUUAAUUUUUUUAUACUUAACAUCAACGCAUCUUAAGCAUUUAUAAAUCCGUAUUUAUUUUUGUUCAUUAGUUAAAGAGGAAAGUAAGUACGUAAUUUGCCCGUUAUGCAGUGAAUUCGUCCAUAUAAUAUCCUUGUAAGUGUUAUAACGUUUUUAAUGGAUUGCGCCACUCAGAUAUUGAUUAUGACGUCAUACUUUGGACCAUGCCAUUACGUCGUAUAAUGAAAAUGACACAACAAAAUUGUCGUCUACGUUUGUUUAAGGCUUCCACAAUUUGACAAGUUUUCUGAUUUGUGCGAUAAAAAGUAUCUUACAUUUCACGAAAAUGGAAGAACUUCCGCGACUCGAUUCAUAAUAUUUCAUAUAAAUAAGAACUCAUUUGAGAUCCGAUAUCUGUAGCAUGUGAAGUCCAUUUUUUCAUCGAAAAGAGGAUUUUUCUUCAAUUGUGAUGGUUCCAUCGCUCGGCGGUGUUUAAAUGCACUGGUAUUAUAGUUGCAGACUUGUUAAUCGGAUGAUGUUGAAGUAUAAAGUUUCAGCGGCAUACAUGUACUUCAAUAUAUGUACUCUUAAAUAAUCAAAAUAUAUAUUUUCUUGAAUAAACUGUUUCCAUUC